AAGCCGAUCGAGGAGCCUCGAUCCAGGCUCGAUCCACGCUCGAUCCACGCUUCGAUUUCUCAAUUCUCCGAUGGACCAUGGUAAUGGAGGCGCGUACGCAAGCGCAAGGAUGCGGAAACGCGUAAGAGAACUUGAUACCGGCACAGCUCACCUAAAAUCAACCACGAUCCCCAAGGAAUUUCGAGUCUCCUCGACGGUAGUUUACUUGGGGAGAGGCUUUUUUUCCCCGGCAGCCACCAAAAACCUAAACUAGGACGCCGUGGAAGGAAGACAUGCUACGAAAUGGAGAGGUACCUGAAGGACGAGCCGAAGCUGCAGUCGUACAAAAAGUUGCCCACAGAAUUGGACACGGCACCGUGGAACCUCUUCAGGGCGCCGCCAAUCUCGUGGACAGCGUCCACGGGCACCGCCAACGCACAAUUCGAAUCGCCAAUCAAAAUGGAGGUGACGACGUCGUCGGAGGACAGGGAAACGCUCUGUCUCGACGACAUAAAAUUCAGUCCCGGCGAUCACAACCACAACGGCCGCGAUAGGGAUCUCCUGGACCGACACCUCGAUUCCUUGUCGAUGUCGUCGGCGAGUUCGGCGUGUUCGGCGUUGUCCUGGGACAGCUCGCCCUCCCUCUCGUGCACAGCACUCAUUCUCAAGAAAGAGCCCAGCGAGGAUCUCGAAGAGGAUGAGGAGCACGAGGAAAUCGAGGAGGAGGAGGACAGCGGAUGCGAAAGCGAAGGUCAGAUCCUGACGCCACCGUCGAGCCCCGGCUCAGGUCAAGGUCAUUCCAACUCCAGUCACUCGUCGAGCGGGAGUUCGAUGCUCGAUGUGCACAACCUCAACCUUCACGGGACCGGCGGCAGGAGCGCCAUCGUCAGGGUCACCACCAGCAAUACCCAGCAGUGUGUCACAAGACUGAUCUCCGUCACAGCGAAUGGGUACCCCGCAGUUGCGGGCACGCAGCACGCACACGCAGGAGCUGCUGCAGCUGCAAGCACCGUUGCCAACAGGCACCAUGCGAGGAGCCACGAGCACAGUCCGCCUGACACGAAGCGCAGGAUACACAAAUGCCAAUUUCCCGGAUGCAAGAAGGUCUACACCAAGAGCUCGCACCUGAAGGCUCAUCAGAGGACGCACACGGGAGAGAAGCCGUACAAGUGCAGCUGGGAGGGUUGCGAGUGGCGAUUCGCGCGUUCCGACGAGCUGACGCGCCACUAUCGCAAGCAUACCGGUGCGAAGCCGUUCAAGUGCCGGCACUGCGACCGAUGCUUCUCCCGCAGCGAUCAUCUGGCUCUCCACAUGAAGAGACACGUGUAAUCGAUCGUCUCCGCGAGCGGUCGUUCACGCGGCGAGAGCGGUCCAGGACCGAUAGCUCCUAGUUGCCCGAGGACUCCCGAAGACAGUGACCAGCAACAGCAGCAGCAGCAGCAGCAGCAGCAGCAGCAGCAGCAGCGGCGGCGGCAGAAGCAGCGGCAGAAGCAGCAGCGACAGUAGCAGACGCAGCAGAAGCAGCAGCGGCAGCCGCAGCAGGCUCCUCGUGAUCGCGUUUCUUCCACGGAUCCCCGACGAUCCAGCCGGCGUCGAUCGACCUCGAGAUGGUCGUCGGGGUAUCGCUCUCGGCGCCCAACGAGUUAGCGUCUCCACGAAAAGAAAGAGUAGAGAAAUCGAUGAUCCGCGAGGCGACCGGAAGUCGUCCCUAGGGGCCAUAGCGUUCGACCACCUCCCCCGAAAACCACCUGACCCGAAACAUUGCGAUGGGAAAUCGCUGGCUACCCAAGCUCCCCGCCUUCGUCUCGCAGCUGGGAAACCAACUUUCCUCGGCUUGACGAGGCGUCGACGGUGCUUCGCGCGUUUCACACAGCGGCCAAGAGGACAUCAGGCGUGUCGGUAGAGACCGUGGUCGAUGAGAGUCUCGUCCGGAACUUCAAUCACUGCCAAUUCAUUAAAUUCUAAGAUCAACGCUACGAGACCGUCGGCGACCGCUGCGAGCGAGGGUGGCGGAGGUCAACAACGAAAACCGGGUCUCGCGCGACACCCUAAUCAGCCGUCUGCCUCCCGCGAAACUGUCGAAUCGGCGUGGUCGGAGAGCGUGGAAGUCGGAAUUCUCGCGACGCAACGGUCCCCUCCAGAGGCAUCCCGGUUCACGAGGACAAUAAACGCUGUCUAUCGGUGCCAAACGUUAUUUCCUGCCUCCUGAUUUUUCCUCCCGCACCCUCUCUCGGAACGGAAACGCGCGCGCGCGCGACAUCUCUUCCUCUCUCUCUCUCUCUCUCUCUCUCUCUCUCUUUUUUCCCCGGAAAAGACCGAGGGACGCUGCUCGAGGACGCGCGCCCCCGAGCUUCGAUCCUUCGCAAUAAUCGAAAUUGCACUCGCGAAGGGACCGAGCAAAAUGGCGAGAGCCAAGGGCGGCCGGGGAGCCACGAGGGCGGAGGAGCGGCGCGAGGCGUAAUUGAAUACGUGAUUUCGGCCAGUUUCCGCGAGAGCAAAGUUUACCGUGCCGCGCGCUAAUCCCGAAUUUACCGUGCGAAUUAUAUAUCGCGGGCCCUCCGCUUCUCGAGCACCCUCGCCAACCCCCUUUCGCGUGCCCCUCUCCGUCGGACGACCGUUUCGCCGGCGUAAACGACGGUGAAAACGGAAGCCGCAUUAUUUCGCCGAUUCGACCGUGUUCCGCCAUCGACGUACUCGCGAGAGCGAUUUUUCGAGGGAUCUCCGGAUCGGAUCUCGGAUCCCAUCGACCCGGAUAAACGAGACGAAUAAAGAGGAUAAACAUGGGGCUUGUUUCGUAGUGGCGCGCGUCCUAUGGUUUUUAAACGAAUAAACGAUAAUGAAAAAAAAUAUGCAAAAAUAUAUACGGAAUCUGACUUUGUACUUUUGUACGAUUGCUUUGUUAGGCGACGUUCUCCUGUUGGUUUUCGCGGCGACACAAUACAGACACACACACGUAAACGUUUAACAUACAUAUUGUAUAUGUAUACAUAGAUAUGCGACUGCGCCGAGCGGGGGCGGCGGAGAGCGGGGGACGGGAUUCUCGUCGGAGGCUCAACAGAAAUAAAUGAAAUAUAUAUAUAUAUUUUUUAAUAUUCUCGUCUUACUCACCGAAACAAUAUAUAUAUUAUUACAUAAGGGACAAAAUAAACGGGCAACAUUCCGCACAAAGCUCUAGAACCGUUUCCACGCGUCGGACCCAAACCCCUCGGGUUGCACUGCCCCCUCUAGGCGCUCGCGAAACCCCGGAGGCAGCACGGCACAACAACGGAAAACAGGGGAGAGUCGAAGACUUCCGGUUGUCGAGGAUCAAAACUAUACCUAUACCUAUACCAUCUCGUGGAUCAUCGAUUCGGCGAAUCGCGUGACGGAUCUCGGCGGGGCGGGGCGGGGCGGGGGAGGGGGCGGGAUCGCGAACCCGGAAAUCGGAAAAAUAGCGGAUCGCUCGUGCGACGGGGCAGAGAGGGAGGUGAACAAAGUAGAGUAGUAAUUAUUCUUUAGUAAUAAUGACCGACGAGCGAGUGUCGUCGGAGCGACACGAGUCGCUCGCACGAGAGAGACUAAAAAGUAUAGCGGCCCCGGCUGAGAGGCGGGGCCCGCGCGAGCAAAUGAAUAAAAACAAACAGACAAACACACGCAACAACAACAAAAGAAAAAAAAACGAAGAGUAAA